AUGGCGCGGCGACUGCACGGGAAGCGAUUCAAGGCGCCGAACAGGCGGUUAUCCGGCGCUGAUGGCGCGGAGAGGCAAGAUUUGGUACAGAAGAAGCGUAGAUAUCGCCCUGGGACGUUGGCGCUGAAGGAGAUUAGGAGGUUCCAGAAGACGACGGAUCUAUUGAUUCGUAAGAUGCCUUUUGCGCGUCUGGUGCGAGAGAUUUCAAAUGAACUCUCUCCCGAGCCGCUGCGAUACACGGCGGAGAGUCUGUUAGCGUUACAGGAGGCCACAGAGGAUUUUCUGGUACACUUAUUUGAGGAUUGCAACCUGUGCGCGAUCCACGCGAAGCGGGUGACGAUAAUGCCAAAGGAUUUGCAGCUCGCGCGCCGCAUUCGAGGCCCGAUUUACGGCGUCGCCGCGUAUUAG